CUAUCCAUUAGCACGGAAUAAUCUUGUACGCCAUCUACUCCAGAAAAGACUAGCGAACGGCGGUCCGCCACUGCGCGCACUUCUCAUUUGCUCAUCUGGUAGAUCUAUGGAUUCACCAUCCCAGUCUAUUCACCAGACUGCCGGGGCUUCUGGAGCCUCUAAAAAAACCCAUCAUGCAAGAUUCCGAUCUACUUCGGGGGGCUUGGCAGGGAUUUCCAUUCUUUUUCUUGCUUAAAGACUGUGUUCCUGUCGCAACCCUGUUUUUUUUCUUUCUUGGCUAUUUGCUUGUUUCUCUUUGUUUCAUUUAAUCUCCCCAAUCGGACCCUCACAAUGGCGGGAUUCUUGAUACCGGAUCAUUACGUGAACGUAAAGCCUAGUACCACCGAUCAAUUGGUCGCCAGUAUCAUUUGGGGCUUCACCCUCGCUGUAGGAAUCUUCACAGGCCAGAAAGCGGGAAGGCAAACAUGGGAUCAGUGGAAGCGCACAGGACGGGCCAAGGCCUAUGUCUGGAUGAUUUGGGCUGAAUGGUUGGCUUCAAUGCUGAUUGGAGUCUUGUCGUGGUGUUUUAUUCGUGGUUAUAUUGCUCCCAGCUUCUGGAUCUAUUUUGUUCUCCUUUGCGCCUGGGUUGUCCAAAUUCAAUGCAUUUGCGGCAUCAUCAUCAACCGAAUUUCACUUCUUAUGGUCGACAGACGAAACGCCAUCAAGAUCCGAUGGGUAACAGCUAUCAUUCUCGGCCUUAUCAACAUCAGUGUCUUUUGCAUUUGGAUUCCCGCUCAGCUCCAAAUCUCUCAGCGAUUUCACGACAUCAACUACAUUUGGGAUCGCAUUGAGAAGGGUCUCUUCCUGGUCAUCGACGCAACCCUGCACGGCUACUUCGUCUACCUUAUUCGCAUCAAGCUCAUCGCGAAUGGUCUCACCAAGUACAAGCCAUUGAUGCGAUACAACCUGAUUAUGAUUGUCAUAUCCAUGAGUUUGGAUGUCAUUCUCAUUGGUAGCAUGUCCAUAGGCAAUGGUUUCAUUUACGUGCAAUUCCACCCUCUCGUCUACAUGCUCAAGCUUCACAUUGAGAUGAACAUUUCCGCGCUUAUCGUGCGAGUUGUUCGUGCAACCGGAGAUCACAGCUCAUACCCCGACGGUACCGAUCUGCGCUCCAAAGUCAGAGCUGCAGUCUCGAACAAAAAGACGGGCAACUCCAAUCGCACAGGCGGUACAGGAAAGGGCGCCAUGUUUUCGUCUACAGGGAGAAACUUGGAAGUGCGCAUUGACGCAGGCGGUCAAGUAACCGACAGCGAGAACAGACCCCAGCCACCGGGUAUCACAAAGGUCACACAGACGCAUGUCACAGUCAUGCCCAAGCACGACGAGGAUGAUGCCAGCUCACAGUCCUCGACGCGGCACCUGAAGGAUCCUUACUCGUAUCCCUGAUGCACUAGGGCUGACGGAGGGGAGUUGAAAGAUGGAGACGGCAUUUCGGUGACAUUCUCAGCUUGCCAAACAUAGCGAACGAACUACGCCACAAAACGUGGCUCGGAGAUUAUAGAAUUAGAAGCGUCUAGAGUCAUAGAAACGAUCACUAGCAUAACGUACUUAAUUAAUAAUGGAUAUCUCGACUCCGAAGCGCGACGUGAAGGAGAAACGGACCCAGCAGCUAAGGUUUUUUCGCCGACAUGAUCUGCGACCGGGUUGCCCUAGCUCGGCACAGGCUCGGUGAGCUACGUGGAGCAGCUCCGGUGAGACACUUUGCACAACGGGGCUGGUAGCACAGAAGAAAUUGUUAGUGCAAGGAGCUAGAUAUGGUUAGCUGUGCGAUGGUAUGGCUCAAGUGGCAAACAAUGACUAGCUACAAGUCAAUUGAGUCGUCAUGUGUCUUCAAUUGAUCGUUUUCCAGAGCUGAACCGUCGAUGCAAA